AUGUUAUUUUGUAAAAACAACAUAACGAAACUACAUCAACUUAAAUUGGUGCAACUCAAAGAAGAAUUACAAAAACGAAAUCUUGCUACAAGUGGAUACAGAGGAGCUUUGAUAGCACGUCUAACGGAAGCCCUUGUUAACGAAAACGAAAAUCCAGAUGAGUUUGAGUUUGGCGAUCAGGAUGUCGAAUUAAAUGUAGUUGUAACUGCUGGGGCAAACACCAAAUUAACGGUACUACCUCUAACGAUACCAGCAACACAGCUUGUUGGGGAUUCCGCUUCGUUAAGAUUUAUUCUUUUGGAAUUCUCCAUUAUGUAA